AUGCCAUUUUCGUUUCUUACGCAUCGCUCGAAACCUAAGACGACCAAGGAGGAAAAUGAAGUAGAUGAACGCUCGACGCCAAAUGGGGGCUCAUCUCACCAUGAAAAAUCUCACUCGGCCACAACUAGCCUCCCGGUCCCCCUUAUUCUUCCCUCGCCUCGUCACUCGCUCGAUCCUAAUCUACCUGAUCCAAUCUCCAUCCAAUCAAUCCCAUCCCGUACAUCUAUUUCCCCAGACCUCGAUCCUGAGAAAGUAUCGGACACACCUAUUGAUAUCUCCUUAAACUCACCGUAUCCACAAGUCCGCGCCGCGGUGCGCAAUACAGAUGAUGAAUCGCUUCCAUGUAACACAAUUCGAGCAUGGUGUAUUGGGUUGGCGCUUACGACGGUAGGAGGGGGAAUCAACUGUCUAUUCAGUUUGAGGAGUCCAAGUAUCGCUAUCACUACUGUUUGCGUGCAACUAAUCGCCUGGCCCCUAGGCAAAGGCUGGGAUCUCAUAGUGCCAGACUGGAGCUGGGAGAUUCGCCUCCCCUUUUGCGGGGCUCGAAGGUGGAAAGUGCAAUUGAAAGAGGGGAAGUGGAAUAUGAAAGAACAUGCGAUUGUGGUUGUGAUGGCGAAUGCGGGGUAUGCGGGUGCGUCGAUAUAUGCUACUGAUAUACUUAUUUCGCAGCAGGUGUUUUAUGGUCAGAGUUUUGGAUGGGCGUUUCAACUCCUCUUUGCGGUUACAAAUCAAAUGUUAGGGUUUGGAUUGGCGGGGAUUUGUAGGAGGUGGUUGGUUUGGCCUGCGGCGAUGAUUUGGCCAAGUGAUUUGGUUAAUUGUGCGUUGAUGUAUGCUCCCUCUGAUCCAGCAAAAACAAAUGGUUGGAGUAUAUCGAAAUAUAGAUGGUUUAUAUAUAUCAUGAGUGGUUCAUUCGUGUGGUAUUUCUUCCCUGGCUGGAUCUUCCGAGGCCUUUCAUACUUUACAUUUGCAUGCUGGAUUGCACCGAAAAACCCAGUUGUCAAUCAGCUAUUUGGUGGUGUGACGGGUCUGGGAUUAAUUCCUAUCACGUUUGAUUGGACUGUUGUGAGUGGAUAUCUGUAUUCGCCGUUGAUACCUCCCUGGUAUGCCAUCGCCAAUACCCUUAUCGGGCUUUUCAUCUUCGUCAUCAUCAGCUCGCUGGGCGUGCAUUAUACGGGAACGUGGUAUGCGGAUUAUCUUCCCAUGAGCGACUCGCACAGUUAUGAUAACAUGGCGAAACCAUAUAAUGUCAGUCGAAUCCUCACUUCAAACUAUGAAUUUAGUGAGGAAUUGUACAAGAAAUACUCGCCGGUGUUUUUGUCGACGGGGUUUGCGUUGAAUUACGGAUUCUCCUUUGCAGCUAUUAGUAGUGUCAUUGUUCAUACAAUUUUAUAUGAGGGCAAAACCAUCUGGAGACAAUGGAAACUUGCUCGAGAUCAAGAUGAUGACAUCCACAUGAAACUUAUGAAGAAGUAUAAAGAUGCACCGGAUUGGUGGUACAUCACUCUCGGAGCCAUCAUGCUCGCACUGUCCUUUGUGGUCAUCCUCGUCUGGGAUACCCAUUUCCCAUGGUGGGCUUUCAUUGUUUGUGUUGCUAUUCCUGUCAUCUGGACAGUACCUGUCGGUAUCAUAUUCGCCACGACCAAUAUCCAAAUUGGACUUAAUGUCUUUACCGAGUUUGUCAUUGGGUACAUGUUGCCUGGCCGUCCUGUGGCUUUGAUGUUAUUUAAAGCUUAUGGUUACAUAACAAUGACUCAAGCCCAGUUCUUCCUGCAAGACUUAAAACUAGGUCAUUACCUCAAAGUUCCUCCCAGAACAAUGUUUUUCGCUCAGUGUGUAGCUGCUUUCUGGUCAUCUAUUGUACAGAUUGCCGUAAUGAAUUGGGCACUUUCUCAUAUCCCAGAAAUCUGUACCCGCACCCAAAAAGAUUCCUACACCUGCCCAGGCCCCUCAAUGUAUUUCACCACCAGUAUAAUUUGGGGCGUCAUUGAUCCCUCGCGUAUCUUUUCAGCGCCAGAGUCUCUCUAUCAACCUUUACUCUACUAUUUCCUAAUCGGUGCUUUGCUUCCAAUCUUGACAUACUUUAUAAGGCGAGCGUACCCUCGCUCUUUGUUUAAAUAUCUUAUUGUCCCCGUCAUGUUUGGAGGUUUACAACUGAUACCUCCGGCUACUGGAUAUAAUUAUUUGUGCUGGGGAUUGGUGGGAUUUGUGUUCCAGUAUUGGAUUAGGAGAAGAUGGAGAGGAUGGUGGGAAGGUUAUAACUACGUAACUUCCGCCGCUCUGGAUACCGGUUUAAUCCUCUGCACUCUUCUCGUUUUCUUCACGUUAGAACUCACGAAUGCUAAACCACCUCAAUGGUUUGGAAAUGUAGGUGUGUUCGAGACAAUGGAUAUGCAGGGUACCGCAGUUCGAAAAGUACUUGCCGAAGGAGAAACUUUUGGACCGAAGACUUGGUCUUGA